AUGAUAGUCGCUCACGCUCCAAAAACUUAUUUCGGUUCAGGAGAUAUACAAAAAUCAUUGGGUUCUCUUCCUGGAUUUCCAUGGGCGAAAUAUCCCGGAGAAAAACAUCUUCCCGGUCAUAAUUUCACCGGUCCAGAAACUAAAAAAUCUAACACUACAGCGUGGAUAAAUAAAGCGAAACCUUACUUUGUGGAUCAAAUCGGAGACACUCUUCAAGGUGAUUUAGAUAUGAACAAUUUCAAAGUAACAAAUUUAAAGUCUCCGGAAAACGAUAAUGACGCUGUUCACAAGAAAUAUUUACGGGAACAAAUAAAUUCAAUUGAAGUAAAAGUUGAUUCAAUAUUCUUCAGACAAAAAUUACUUUCAUCUAAUCAAUUCAUCGCUCGUAAAGUCUUUCAGUUUAUCAAUGGUACAGAAAAUGUGGAAACUAAAGAAUUAGAAAUUAACGACGAAAACAGCAAGAAUGAUCACUUAAAUGAAAUUAAAACGAGUGGAAAAUAUAUAGAUAGGUUUAGAAUGUUAAUCACUAGAUAA